GCUCCUUGGGAGACAUCUCCAAAUCCUUCCUCGACCUCACCGACCCGGAGGAGAUCAACAGCUACUUCUCCUUCAACAUCACCUCUGCUCUGUGCCUCACCACCCGGGCCCUGCGAGCCUUUGGGAGGCAGCCUGGCUGCCACAGGACGGUGGUGAACAUCUCCUCCCUCUGUGCCCUGAAGCCCUUCAAGAACUGGGCUCUCUACUGCAGCGCCAAGGCCGCCCGGGACAUGAUGUUCCAGGUGCUGGCGCUGGAGGAGCCCCACGUCCGUGUGCUCAGCUACGCCCCGGGUCCUCUGGACACGGACAUGCAGCUCUUGGCCAGGACGAAGACUGGAGACCCUGAGAUGCGCCAGUUCUUCCAAAGCCUGCAGGAGAGAGGCCAGCUGAUAGACUGCAACGUGUCAGCCCAGAAGCUGGUGAAGCUCCUGGAGGAGGACACCUUCCAGUCUGGUGCCCACGUGGAUUUCUAUGACAUCUGA